GUUGCUGGUGGCAUAAGGCUGAAUAAUACUUACCUACCUAGGUAGCUGUGUAGGCAUAUUUUUUAUUCGCAGUUUUAUGACCCAAUAUAAGCCAGUUUUGUACCAAUGAAUAUAGGUCAUCUUGUGGGGACGGGAUGGCGACCAUGUCACCCUGCAGGCUUAGGAGUGUAACAUCGUCGAUGCUCGUAAGCUCUAUGUUUAUAGCCUUGCUGUCCUGUAGUAUAGCUUAUAUCUACAAUACAGGACACGAAAAUUCAACUCAAUGUGGCUUCUGAAUACUAAAAGCACUACUCUCGAGUUUUUCAACGAGGCUCAAGUGCUCAACCAUCCAUAUGCGAUCCUCUCUCAUGUGUGGGGUUCCGAAGAGGUCCUCUGGCAUGAGUUGCGAGAGGAUCGGACGGCAGUACAUGACAAGGCAGGAUGGAAGAAGAUAACUAGAUUCUGCGCCACGGCAGAGAAAUAUGGAUUUGCUUAUGCGUGGAUAGAUACCUGUUGUAUUGAUAAGCGCAGCAGUGCCGACCUGACUGAAGCUAUUAAUUCGAUGUUCAAAUAUUAUUACGACGCCGCAGUAUGUUUUGUAUACUUCCAAGAUGUGCACAAAUAUGUUGAUCAGGGGAACGACUCGCUCAUUGGAGCGAUGGAGGUAACCCGAGCUCAACUACUCAGCGCGGUACGAGCUACACGUUGGCUCUCAAGAGCAUGGACGCUGCAAGAGCUUCUCGCGCCUGCUCGGCGAUGUUUCUUUGCCGCCGACUGGUCUGAAAUUAAAGGGGGAGGGGACCUACUUGACGUUCUCGCUGAAUCUGCGAAGAUAAGUAGACAGCUGAUUGAAGACAGGAGUCUACUGAGAAGUUUCUGCAUUGGGGAGCGCAUGAGCUGGGCUUCGAAACGAUACGUGACGCGAGGGGAGGAUGUUGCCUAUAGCCUGAUGGGUCUCUUCGAUGUCCAUAUGCCAGUUAUGUAUGGCGAAGGAGCUGAGGCUGCCUUCAAAAGAUUGCAGCGCGAGAUUAUGCAGUCCUCCUUUGACAUGACCAUUUUUGCGUGGCGUGCAAACUAUGAAAGCAGCGGUCUCUUGGCUCGAUCGCCCGCUGAUUUCGCAGACGUUCCUCCGCUGGGACUUUGGGCACCGUGGAAUCUUGCGCCGUUCUCAAUGACCAAUGUGGGACUUUCCAUUCGAGUCAACAUUACCGAUGAGCAGCAAAUACUUGAUAACAUCAAGCAACACCAGCAGAAGUUUGAGAAACCACGCAGUGGCGUGACACUGCUUGCGGCUUUGCAGUGCGAUGUGCAAACACCAACGGGUCAAUGGCAAAUCCCUAUGGUCUAUUUGGAGCCAGUGAAAGGGGCGAGGUUCUUCGUUAAUGGCAAAUGCCUCAAUGCAUAUCGUAGGGUUCGAUGUGCAGAGUGGAUGAUCUUACCAUCCAAACAGUUUGUUGGCUGUCCUUUCGAGGAUAUCCUCGUGCUCCAGGAUGAACAGUAUGAAUUAGCCCGGCAGGCAACGCAGCAACAUUUUUCGAGAAGAGAAUCAUAAAGAACAUGGCGGCUAUUAGGUGGUUAACUAAUAUUUUAGAAAAGUUGCGCACCAUGAGACGAUAAAUACCUAGGUAGUGGGUAGAUUGGAUAUAUCUCUGAGAUCAGUUUCCCCGAUAAUUAUAAAAGCAUGGAUAAAUAAGAAUAUUUCAAUGUAUUACGGCUUGAAGUUUUUUGCGUAACACAACUUUUGCCCAUAUCUUCUUUCAUG